AUGGUAUCUGCUUCUCGGUCUGUGCCCGAAUGGUUGUCGAUAUCUAGGGAUGAAGAUAAUGAUUUACGGGCUAAACUACGCUCAAAACUUACUUCAGAAUCUGAUGAUUUUCUAGGUCAAGCAAUUAUUGAACUACGUACUCUGUCCGGUGAAAUGGAUGUUUGGUAUAAUCUUGAAAAACGUACGGAUAAAAGUGCUGUCUCUGGUGCAAUUCGUUUGUUUAUCUCCGUGGAAAUAAAAGGCGAAGAGAAAGUUGCACCUUAUCAUGUCCAGUAUACAUGUCUACAUGAAAAUAUCUUUCAUUAUUUAUGUGAAACAAAUAAAAGUGAAGGUAGACCAGAAGUCAAGUUGCCUGAAGCUUCUGGAGACGAUGCUUGGAAAGUGUAUUUUGAUGCACCUGCACAGGACAUUGUUAAUGAAUUCGCUAUACGUUAUGGUAUUGAAUCAAUUUACCAAGCUAUGACACAUUUCUCAUGCCUUACAACAAAGUAUAUGUGUACCGGUGUACCAGCUACCAUGUCCAAUCUACUAGCUAAUAUCAAUGCAUUUUACGCGCAUACAUCAGCAUCCAGUAAUCAAACAGCCUCAGAACGUUUCAGUGCUAGUAAUUUUGGUAAAGAGAAAUUUGUUAAACUGUUGGAUCAACUGCACAACUCUCUACGUAUCAGCUUGUCAAUGUAUCGUAAUUCAUUUCCUGCUUCACAACCUGACAAAUUACAAGACUUGAAAUCAACUGUCGACUUGCUAACAAGUAUAACAUUCUUCAGAAUGAAAGUACAAGAGUUAACUAGUCCACCAAGAGCUAGUCAAGUGGUAAAAGAAUGUGCUCGUGCUUGUAUGCAGUCAACUUAUCAAUUUAUUUAUGAAAAUGUGAAUGAAGUGUACGCGAAACAAUUUCAGGAGUCAGUUUCACAGGAUGAUGGCCCACCGUCACUGAAAUCUCUGGAAUUUUGGCAUCGUUUAAUCACAUUAUUAGUCUCGGUAAUUGACGAAGACAAGACAACAUAUGCUACUGUGAUCAACCAAUUUCCACAAGAAGUUAAUAUGGGUCACAUAAGUGCAUUGUGUAUGUGGGAGCGUUUAUCUGAGGAUAUACAAAUUGCUCUGGAUGUUCAUGCACGUGCUGAAACACGUUAUUGUAAAUCAUCAGACUAUAUGAAUCUGUGCUUUAAAUUGAAAUGGUUCUACAAUAAACAUGUGGCUAUAAUUCCAUCACAGAAGGAUGUUGUACCUGAGUAUCCACGUUGGUUUGAAGUAUUUGUUAUGCAAUGGUUAAAUGAAAAUGAUGAAGUAUCAAUGGACUAUUUACGCAAUGCUUAUGAACGUGAUAAGAAGGAUGGAUUUCAACGAUCUAGUGAGCAUGCAUUAUUCUCGAAUUCAGUUGUGGAUGUGUUUACUCAACUUAAUCAGUGUUUUGAUGUCAUUAAAAAACUUGAAUGUCCUGAUCCAAAUGUACAAGAACGAUUUUUAAAUCGUUUCUCUCGGACUGUCAGUAAAGUACUGCUGACUUAUGCAGAAAUUGUAAAAGCUGAUUUUAAACGUUGGAUCCAUCAACAAGAAACUGCCUGUAUUAUCAUGAAUAAUAUACAACAAUUGCGUGUACAAUUAGAGAAAGUAUUUGAAGCAAUGGGUGGAAGUACACUCUCGGAGGAUACACUGACUUCAAUGAAUGAUUUACAACAAAUGCUGCAUGCUGUUAUCGAUGAUUUAGCCUCACAAUAUGCUGAAGCUCUACAAGUACAAAUUGUUCAAAAAAUUAAAGAAUUAAGUAAACUUUUACAUCAGUGUCCACCAAAUUCAAAGGGGAAUGUAGAAAUUGAAGCUGAACACAUACUUCAUCCACUUAUGGAUUAUUAUGAAUCAACACUGUCAACUUUAGCAGAUCUAUGCGAGAAGACUGUACUGAAACGAUUGUUAAAGGAACUAUGGAAAGUUACAAUGCAUAAUUUAGAAAAACAAGUUGUACUGCCUACAGUAGCUGAUCCAAGAGCUAUGUUUCUUAACCUAUCAAUUCCUUCAACCGCACAAGCUAAACUAACAAGUGUAUCGCAGAGUUUACUGACGAAUGUAAGCAGCCAACUGCCAGCUAGCCGAUUGCUUCAAGAUAUGUCUAAAGAUGCUGGAAUAUCAGAGCGUAAUUUAACACCACGGCAUUGUCAAAUAUUGGAUAUUGCAUUGGAUGCAAUUAAAAAUUAUUUCCAUGCUGGUGGUAGUGGACUUAAAAAAGCCUAUUUGGAUAAAUCACCUGAACUACAGUCAUUACGUUAUGCUUUAUCCUUAUACACACAGACUACAGACGCGCUGAUUAAAAAUUUUGUAGCUACUCAAACAUCACAAGACAAACCGGCAAUUGAAGAUAGUGUUGGAGAGAUAUCGAUUCACGUGGAUCUGUUUCGUCAUCCUUCUCAUGGAGAGCAUAAGGUCACUGUCACGGUUAUCGCUGCGAACAAUUUGAAAUGGACAACAACAGGAACAUUUAAGCCUUUCAUUGAAGUGGUAUUAUUUGGUCCAUUAUUGAGUGAAAAGAAGCACAAAUUUGCAACUAAAUCGAAGAACAAUGUCUGGUCACCUGUGUUCAACGAAACAUUUACAUUUUUUCUCAGUGCUGGUUCAGAUCCUGAGUCAUACGAAUUACAUAUGUGUGCUAAAGAUUAUUGUUUCGGUAGAGCUGAUCGAUUGAUUGGGCUAACUGUUCUACAACUUCGAGAUUUAUCAACAUCUACCGACUUAAAUGCUUCGCCUACAAUCCAUGUAAAAGGUGGCGCUGGUGGGGGUCGAAGCACUGCAGGUGGUCAAAGUGGUGCAUGUGCAUGUAUUUGUAGUCUAGGGAAAAGACUACAUCUUGAUGAUACUGGAUGGACUAUACUGCGUAUACUAUCACAAAGGCCACAAGAUGAAAUAGCUCGUGAAUUUGUACGCUUAAAAUCAGAAGUUCGUAGUCCUUGUGAUACAAUCGGUAAUACUACUACUGGUUCUAUUAUGAGUAAUCCAUCGUCGAAUGGAUCUGUCCCACGAAGUCGAUAA